AUGGCAAGAAGGGCGGUGCUGAUCGGCUGCAAUUACCCGGGGACAAAGGCGGAGCUCAGAGGCUGCAUCAACGAUGUCCAGCGAAUGUACAGCUGCCUCAUCGAGCGCUACGGUUAUUCGGCGGACGACAUCACGGUACUCAUCGACACAGACGAUUCCUACACCCAGCCCACGGGCCGCAACAUCCGUGCUGCACUUGCCGAUCUGGUCGAUUCGGCCCGCCCCGGAGACUUCCUGUUCGUCCACUACAGCGGCCACGGCACCCGCCUCCCAGCGGAGACAGGCGAGGACGACGACACCGGCUACGACGAGUGCAUUGUCCCCACGGAUAUGAAUCUCAUCACCGAUGAUGAUUUUAGGGAGCUUGUGGACAAAGUGCCACAGGGUUGCCAGAUCACCAUCGUGUCCGACUCCUGCCACAGCGGAGGCCUUAUAGACGAAGCCAAGGAGCAAAUUGGCGAGAGCACCAAAAAAAUUGACGACGAACGAGAAGAUGAAGAAGAAGAAGAAGACAGCGGAGGAUUCCGGUCGGGGCUUAAGAAAUUCCUCCACCGAAAAGUCGAGGACGCAAUCGAGUCGCGCGGCAUUCACCUACACUGCCAUAAAGAAGAAGAAAAUUCGGAAGAGGAAUACCAAGGCCAAGACGGGGUCCUUAUCAAGAACAAAUCCCUCCCCCUCUCGACCCUCAUCGACAUACUCAAGCAGAAGACAGGCAAGGAUGACAUCGAUGUCGGCAAGCUCCGCCCGACCCUCUUCGAUGUCUUUGGGGAGGACUCAAGCCCCAAGGUCAAGAAAUUCAUGAACGUCAUUUUCAGCAAAUUAGGACAGGGCCAGGGAGAGGGUGGGGAAAGUGGUGGGUUCAUGGGCAUGGUGGGGAGUUUGGCCCAGCAAUUUUUGAAGCAGAAGCUUGAAGAAAACAAUGAAGAUUAUGCGAAGCCCGCCUUAGAGACUCACGUGGGGAGGAAAGAGGAGGCUUACGCGGGAGCCACGAAAAGGGCCCUGCCAGAUAGUGGCAUUCUCAUUAGCGGCUGCCAGACGGAUCAGACGUCUGCAGAUGCCACCCCAUCUGGGGAUCCGAGUCGCGCAUAUGGGGCUCUGAGCAAUGCUAUACAGACCAUAAUUGCUGAGUCAGGUGGGAGGAUUAGUAACCAGGAACUGGUGCUCAAGGCCAGGCAGCUUUUGAAGAAACAGGGCUAUACUCAGCGCCCAGGGCUGUACUGCAGCGAUUAUCAUGUCAAUGCAUCUUUUGUUUGCUAA